AUGACGCGUUAUUUGACUCCAUGGAGAGUCUCUCUUCUGUGUCUGGUCACACUCUACACUGAUGGCGUUGUGCCGAAUUCUUCUGCGAUUCAUGUCCUUUCCUUCCUGACGGCGGGUCUGUUCCCGCUAGAUGCGGCCGAUAAGCAAUGGAAAGAGCACUACAUGCCCACUAUUGCCGAGCUUGAGGAGUGUCUGUCGGGACAUGAAUCUGCUGUGCCUGGGCGCACGCUCUGGGACUUGUUUUUGAAGAGGCUCUGGGCUAUUGAUUCACUAGAUGCGCUGGAGACGUUUUGCGUCGACGCUAUCCCGUCGCUCUUGGCCAAAUCGCGCGAAGAGCUGAUCUAUGAAAGAGAUCAUGGAAUUGCCCCGGAGGCUGAUGAUCGCAUGCGUUUGUCCAGAAGCUCACCGUUAGGCGCGUUUGUUCGACGAGCUCACAUGGAAUACACGAAGCUCCAAUUUCAUGAUGCUGUGAAACUCUGGUCUGGAUUUGUCAAGUACCGUCUCCCAACAUACAGCUACUGGAGUCGCAGACAUCGGGGGGCCGAGAAGAUCGCCAUUGAUGCUAAUCUCCGCAACCUCGGGUUGGAUUCCACUAGCCACCUUUCGCAAGUGGUGUAUGGGAAUAUGGAAGAUGAUGAAGAUGAUAAAGGGGAGGUCAGCGUCAAGGACUCAGAGCGACUGGUUGAGUUCCAAGUCGGAGAACUGCAAAGAAUGGGAGGCAGAGUUCCAGAUGAAAUGAGAGCUCAACUGAGGCACAUCAUGACCUCAGAAUCAUCGGUCCCGGUACUGAUGUACUACCUGGAAUAUCUCGAUGCCUGGAGGGCCGGGGAUUAUACCUCAGCCUUCGACAACCUCCACCGCUACUUCGAUUACACCAUGCACACUAAUCUUGACCGCAGCGCAUAUCAAUUCGCUCUUCUAAAUCUGGCCAUUAUUCAAGCAGAUUUUGAAUGCUUCAAUGAAGCUAUCUCGGCAGUCCAAGAGGCCGUUGCUAUUGCACGGGAGUCCCAUGAUAUGAACUGCCUAAACUUCUGCAUGAGCUGGCUGUAUCACUUCGGUAAGGCAUUCCCCGAGCAGAUGCGAGAAGUUCAAAACAGUGGCAUGCUGGGCAACGAAAAGGAAGGCCUCGCCUUUCUCAAGGCCAAGGCCAAGGAGACUGACAUGUGGUCUCUUAUGAGCACUACAUUAUUAAGCGAAGCCAAACUGGAGAUGCAGCAGGGAGAGAGCCUUGCAUCAAUUAUGGAAUCAUUCGUACGAGCAUCCCAUGUCAAUGUGAACAAAGGACUCGCAACACCCACGGGUGCAUACAUGCUGUUGCAGGGCUCUAUGUAUGCUCGAAUAGGAGCUACCCACCUGUCUUGGUUAAACACUGAAGUAUUUCGCGAGUGCUACGCGGAAGACCAACCUUAUGAGGACUUUGUCAAAAUCACAUUUCGAAAUUGUCAAGUUUUGGCACAAAAAGGCAAUUACAAAGAGGCAUCCGCGCGGAUGAACAAGAUCGAGCCAGAGAAGCUUCGAGCUUUCAAAUACAACAAUGCCUGGACUUACUACUCAGGGAUACUGCAGUUGCAGCGGCAGAUCUGUCGCGAUGACAAGGUGGCUGUCGAACAUAUUUUAUCCCAGCUCCAAGCAGUGCAACUUCUCGACUUUGACAUGCGCCUCUUGCUAGCGUUUCACUCAAUAGAUUUCACAAUUCGCCAAGGCGACUACGGCCGCGCCCUGAGGAUGGUCGAGCAAGCCGCCCAUUCCAUGCAACCGGAGAACUUCGACGUCCAUUCACAAGUGAAGCUCUUAUGCCUGAAAGCACAAGUGCUCGGUAAAUCCGGCCAACCACAGCGUGGAUUCUCUCUUGCCGUGCGUGCAGCCAGUAUCGCACAUCGCUCAAAGGUACUUGCUGACCUCUGGGAAGCAAUUUGCGCAUUGGCGGUUGUGUUGCUCAGUCUGCGUGAAUUUGAAGCCACUGGCGAGCUGGUAGAAAGCAUCAUGCCCCAGAUCCUCGAGACAGAAGAUUAUGCUCUCAUUGCGCAGGCAUAUUCACUUCUUGUGGAUGCUAACAUGGGCAUGGCGGGUGAGUUGUGGAGUCUGCAGGGCAAUGACUCUAAGACCACACGGAAAGAGUACAUAAAUCGUGCCCUCGGUUACAUUGACUUGGCAUAUGAUCAUUUCGAGGGGAUUGAGGAUAUCAAAGGCCAAACGGAGAUGAUGGCUAAAAAGGCUACCGUCAUGCACCUCACAGGUGAUCCGGUCUUGGCUAAUGAUUAUGCUGCUAAGUACCUGGAUUUGCGGAGGCGACGGGGCACUGAGACAUGA